AUGUAUAUAGACGCGUUCAAACGGAUCCUCUUUGAAAGGCUGAACUGCUUGAAGAGAAUGUGUGUGUGUCAGCGACAAGGCAGCUCAUUUGCCAUGUCUAAGACAGCAGUGAAGAAGCUGCACUGGCGUUCCAGAGUGCAGGACAGCUUUGUCCCCUUGCUGGGCUCGUCGGGGGAGCUCGGGGUCGCCAUUGGUGGAGGAGCGGACUAUGGAGAGUUUCCUUUCGUCACAUCAGCUCCGGGGGGCGGACUCACAGUGGGUGAUAUCAUCCUAGAAAUUGGGGGAACACCUGUAUUAGGGAUGACAUUAGGAGAUGUCCGUGGUGUUCUCAACUCCUGCCCCCAUCCUGUCCGCAUCAAAACUGUGUCACCAG